AUGGCACGACUCAGCAAUAGAAUAUUUGGAGAAGUAGCUAGGCCAACAAAUUCGAAGUCCAUGAAGGUAGUAAGGCUUUUCAGCGAAAAGCCGGUGCAUUUGCGGGAAGAAAUACAUUCUUAUUACCCAAGGCACAUUGAAACAGGGAAGCUGAUGAUGAAAUUGAGGGAAUAUGGAUUAUACAGAGAUGAGCAUGCAGAUUUUAAAGAGGAAAUGGAUAGAAUGCGAGCAUUAAGAGGCAAACCAAAACAUAUUAGGAAGACAAAGGCUCAGAGGGAACAGGAGGCUGCUUCCCAGCAAACAUGA